AUGAAAUACAGGGAUAACAGUGAGCAUAGGGAUAGGGUUAAAGCUGUGAGUAUCAGGAAAUACAGGGAUGACAGUGAGCAUAGGGAUAGGGUUAAAGCUGGGAGUGUCAGUAAAUAUAGGGAUGACAGUGAGCAUAGGGAUAGGGUUAAAGCUGGGAGUGUCAGUAAAUAUAGGGAUGACAGUGAGCAUAGGGAUAGGGUUAAAGCUGGGAGUGUCAGUAAAUAUAGGGAUGACAGUGAGCAUAGGGAUAGGGUUAAAGCUGGGAGUGUCAGUAAAUAUAGGGAUGAUCAGCAGCAUAGGGAUAGGGUUAAAGCUGGGAGUGUCAGGAAGUAUUGGGAUGAUCAGCAGCAUAGGGAUAGGGUUAAAGCUGGGAGUGUCAGGAAGUAUAGGGAUGAUCAGCAGCAUAGGGAUAGGGUUAAAGCUGGGAGUGUCAGGAAGUAUAGGGAUGAUCAGCAGCAUAGGGAUAGGGUUAAAGCUGGGAGUGUCAGGAAGUAUAGGGAUGAUCGGCAGCAUAGGGAUAGGGUCAAAGAUAGGAGUGUGAACAAAUACAGGGAUGAUAAGCAGCAUAGAGAGAAGGUUAAGGAAAAUAUUAAAAUACAGUAUCACGGUAAUUGUAAAUAUAGGCAGCAGGUUCUUGAUCGCGUCAGGUUGAGUCGGAAGCAGAGGCUCGAGAGGUCGGUAGAUUUUAGCUUGGUUAUGGAUCACUUUUUAGAGAAGGUCAGGGAUGGACCAGAUUUUGUGUGCUGUGUUUGUCAUAGGCUGAUGUUUAAAUCUCAGGUGCUGACAUGUGACAGGGAAGUUUAUGCUGCAAGUGUAGCAACAGCUGACAUUGCAGAUAAUUGCAUUAGUGAGCAUUAUUUGCAUAGUUGUGAUGAGGGUUGUGUCGAGCCCUGUCACUUAGCUGUGUGUAGAGGUCAGCUGUGGAUUUGUUAUACGUGUCAUAAUAAGAUUAGUAAAGGUGAAGUCCCAGCUGAAUCAUGGAAAAAUAACCUCGAUCUAGACCCCAUUCCUUCAGAACUGGGAUGUCUAAAUAGCUUAGAGCAGCACCUGAUAGCUUUACAUAUCCCAUUUAUGAAGACGUUAGCGUUGCCUAAAGGUGGUCAGAAUGGUGUACAUGGGCCUGUUACAUGUGUUCCGGCCAACAUUGUACAGACCACCAAUGUGUUGCCGCGGUCCAGUAUGGAGGGGUCUCUGCUUCAGGUUAAGUUGAAACGUAAACUGACCUAUAAAGGGCAUUAUGAGUAUCAGUUUGUUGAUACACUGCGUGUAAGGCGGGCGUUAGAAUAUUUGAAGAGGACAAAUGUGUUGUAUAAAGACAUUGAGUUCAAUGAGGAGUGGAUAAAUGAAUUUUGUAGACGGGAAGAUGGUGAGCAAGAAGAGCCUGAACCUGAGGAUGAGGAUGUUCAGGUUCAGUCUUCUCAGGUUGAGCAGGUUGUUGUACAGGGUGAGGUUAGCCAGGCUGAGGAUGUUGCAGCAAAUGUUGAUGGUGUAGAUGAGGAAUCAGAAGACAUAGUGCAAGACGAACUGUUACAUGACAGACAACAGCACUGCAUGUUUCAGGACACUUGCUUAUUUCCUGUUGACAUCGGGCAAGAAAGUUUAGACCAGUAUUUUGAGGACAUUGUGAGUAUAGCACCUGCAGAGGGAAACAGUCCAGUUAGGAUGCUUUCUGACCAUCUAAAUGAAGCAAAGUGUUUCCCGGUGUUGUUUCCUCUGAGUACUAAGACCUUCCAUGAUAGUCGCAUGCAUCAUUUAACAUUGUCCCUCGGUGUUUUGUUGCAAAGGGCAUCCUCUCAUGGUAUUGGGUCAGAGGAUAUGUGGAUGACUAGCAUCGUAGAUAGAUACAGGAAUAGGCCCGACGGUGAUGUGUUUGACGACAUGUGCAUUUGUACUUUUGUGUCGGAGUAUCGUGUUCUCACCAAGAAUGAAAAAUCUCCAAACCAAAUUCAAUUGAAAGGCGGUUUGGGAUUCAUCUUGAGGAGAACACGAUCUCAGUUUGCGGUUGUGCGGUACAUGCGUUUUGACUUAGAAAAACAGGAGGAAGCCCACUUUCAGAGUCUGUUGCAGUUGUUCCUUCCUUAUAGAACUGAUUCAGAGCUCAAGCCCGAAGGCUUUGCGCUCUUCAAACACUUCUAUGAGGAAGGGAAGGUGACGUUGGCUGACGGCUCCGUGCGUUUGGUGCAGGACGUCGUCGAUGAGAAUAGGGUGAAGUUUGAAGUGGACUGUCCUCAUUUAGAGCGCGCUCAGGAAAUUGUGGAGAAGUUAAAUGGCGUUGAUGAAGAUGCGUGGGGGGAGCUUUGUCCUGAGCAGGAAGUCGAACGCUUAGAAUGUUUAGAGGACAGACAGCAGCAGCAGCAGGCAGAGAUACAGGAUGAGCAACUGGUAGAAUCUGAAGAAAAUGUCCCCGAUUUGUUUGUUGGUGGUAGACAGGUAGCUCAGUUUGAGAAAAACACCACCAUUUUGUCUAGGAGUGAGGGUUUAGCCUUGAUUCAUUCUCUGAAUGAUACGCAGAAGGCUGUUUUUGAUAGGAUUAGGAAGUGGUGUUUGGAUAAGGUGAUGGGUAAAAACCCUGAGCCUUUGCAUGUGUUUGUGACAGGUGGCGCAGGGACGGGGAAAAGUCAUUUAAUCAGAGCUAUCCAAUAUGAGGCAGGGAGACUGCUGUCAACACUUUGUGAUCGACCAGAUACUAUUUCAGUUUUGUUAACUGCUCCCACAGGCGUAGCUGCAUAUAAUUUAAAUGCAGUAACAAUCCAUCACGCAUUGAGUAUUGGUAAACAGGUUAGCUUACCUUACAUUCCUUUGGGUGAAGAUAAGCUAAACUCUUUGAGAGCUCAAUUGAGUCACCUCCAAAUUCUAAUCAUCGACGAGAUCAGCAUGGUAGAUCACAAUCUGUUGGCUUACGUGCAUUGCCGGUUGAGGCAGAUUAAGCAGUCAGGCGACUUUUCCCCUUUUGGUAAAGUUAGUGUGAUAGCUGUGGGGGACUUUUAUCAGUUGCCACCCGUUAAAGGGAGGCCUCUGUACACCAGUCAGGUGGUUGUGGACCUGUGGUGUCAUUUUAAUAAGGUGGAGCUCACAACAGUUGUUAGGCAGAAGGAUAGUGUUUUUGCUGAGCUGCUGAAUAGGUUGAGAGUACGUUCAAAGAAAACCCCCUUGUUGAAGAGCGACGUUGCGAUUUUAAAGUCCCGUGAGACUGGGGAAGAGACCUCAGCUUUGCAUAUCUUUCCAACUAAUAUGCAAACCAGUGAGCAUAAUCUGAAACGGUUGUUUGCAACUUGUCCAGAUUAUACCACUAUUGAGGCUCAAGAUUUUAUGAAUAGCAAGAAAACGGGCAAAUUAGAGGAGAUAGUAGGGCAUCACAGCAGAGCAUCGUACACAUGUUUACCCGAGAAAUUGUGUUUGGCUCGGAAUGCACGUGUAAUGCUUUGCAGAAACAUUGACGUUGUAGACGGUCUGGUCAAUGGAGCAUGUGGAACUGUUACUCAUAUUGAGUUUGGAGAGGACAAAAGCUUCCCUCUCACAGUUUAUGUUAAAUUUGAUGAUGAAAAAAUUGGCUCACAGAGGAGAAAGCAACGUUCACAUGCUGUAGUAGAAUGUCGUAGUUCUACUGCCAUUGAUCCUGUUCAGGAGUCGGCCACUGCACGGGGUGGUCUGCGUCGUCAGUUUCCUCUUAGGCUAGCGUGGGCGUGUACUGUACAUAAAGUGCAGGGAUUGACUGUAGAUGAGGCCGUUGGUUCGUUCAAUAAGGUGUUUGCACCUGGGCAGGCGUAUGUAGCACUUAGUCGUGUCAGGGCUUUGUCUGGACUCGUCAUCAGGGAUUUUAAAGAGAAGGCCAUUUACUGCAAGGACACCAUAAAGGAGGCCUUGGAUAGCAUGCCUCCAUUUCUGAUUGAGCAGCCACAGCCUUCAUUAAAUACACACAGUUUCUCUGUGUAUUUAAUGAACGUUCAAAAUUUAAGUCGCCACCUGUCCCAUUUGGUGUCUUGCACGCAGCAUUUACAGCCUAACUGUAUUGCUGUGACAGAGACGUGGCUCAGUGCACAAUCCUCAACAGACAGUGUUCACAUUGACGGUUACAUUUUCCACAGUCGUCCUCGAGCCUUGUGUUACAGCAGCAGUAACCCCAAAUUGUCUGAGCUUAGGGACCUAGAACAUGGUGGAGUAGGCUUGUAUACAGCAGGUGAUUUGGACUGUGAGAUUCUGCAGGUGCCCGAUUUGAAUCUGGAGUGUUUGGUGUGCCUGUUUAGCAAAUUGAACAUCUUGAUGGCAGUAAUUUAUCAUCCACCAUGUUAUCCAAAUUCAUUAUUCAAACAGAAUCUGGGGAAGUUACUAGAUUGGUUGAAUCCAAUCAGUAACACAAUUGUUAUAAUGGGGGAUUUUAAUGAGGACAUUUUGAAAAGACCAUCAAUUUGUAAAUUUAUGGGCCAAAAAGGAUAUAUUCAGCAUGUAACGCAAGAGACAACAGAGAAGGGGACACUGAUUGACCAUGUUUAUGUCAAAACAACAUGGUAUGAUGUGGAUUGUACAGUGAUGUCUGCGUACUUUAGUGAUCAUGAAGCCAUCUGGUGUGGUUUUCGUGUUAAAGAUCAGGAUUUAUUAGAAGAUGUAGAUUUGCUGUUUGCAGAGGAGUUUGAAGAUUUAGAGGGUUUUUUCGAUGAUGAGUCCGAUGUAGAGUAGAUUAGGUUUGAUGGUUGUUAUGGUUGAUGUUUUUACAGUUUGAGUAGGCGUAAUUGAUUAUUUUU